UUCGUGGACAAAAUUCUGCGGGUCUAGCAUAUCAUGUGCAAUCACCUAUGACAGCUCCAAUUUCAUUAAACAGAUCAGCUCCAAAUAGACAGAGCGUUUCUGGAUUUCCUUUAUCAGCAAACUCAGCUUUUCGUCCUACAGGCCAAUCUUUAAAUACACAUUCUGCUUCUACAAGUGCAAGUAUAAAUGGACUUAUUUCUCCUAAUAAUAUAGAUGAUGUUCGAUCCGGUAGAAUUUCUUCAAGUCCUCUUCCUAGUCCUAAUCCAUCUCGUAUAUCUAUGUCUGUUAGAAACACAACGUCAAAUGGAGAACAACCAUCCAAAGAAUCUUUUAUUCAUCUUUUUGAUUCAUUUUAUGAUACAGUAGCUGACACUCGUUCACUUAAAACCACACUUGAAGAUCAAAUUCGUAAGACCACUACCCUUCUUCAAACGCUUCAAGCUUCAGGAAGUAUGAUUGAAAGUUUAGUUCGUGGACAUUUUCGUGAAAUGCAAAGGGAAGUUGUCAAUGAUUUGAUGACUUUAGAGAAACGCCUUUCAAAGGUUGAAGAACGUAUACGUAGUAGCGCAGCUGUUGUAGGAAUGGGUCCAAGUCCUCCGUUAGAUCCAGAUAGAAGACUAAGCGACAUUAGCACAACAUGUAGUGAUAUAGGACUUAGUCAUAAUAAGGACACUUCCACCUUAACUCAAGAUGCAGAUAAUAGUUCAUCGCAAUAUUUAUCUGUUAGUCAACUUACUAACUCUAGUCCACCAUUGUCUGCUGUUUCUUCAAGUAGUGGUUCUGAGGAGUCUCAAACCAAAGAUUAUCAAGAUAUUUUGAGUGCAGGUGUACGACUUAUCUCAACACUUUCUAAUAAUUUAUCGGCCAUUCCCGAUAUUAUUUCUGAUCGACCAUAA